AUGGCCAAGCCUUUGAUUAUCUGUUCUGAUAUCUGUCUCUCAAUUACUAUGAAGAAAAUGUUUUCGCCAAUAGCAAUUUUAGCUAGUUUGGGGGGAGGAGAGGAGGGGGUUGAUCGCGGGCGCGAGCGCGGGUCGGGGCGCGGGCACGAGCACGGGUCGGGGCGCGGGCACGAGCGCGGGUCGGGGCGCGGGCACGAGCACGGGUCGGGGGCGCGGGCACGAGCGCGGGUCGGGGCGCGGGGACGAGCACGGGUCGGGGCGCGGGCACGAGCGCGGGUCGGGGCGCGGGCACGAGCACGGGUCGGGGCGCGCGCUCGCGGUGUGGGUGCCGGCGAUGGGAAUCGGAGAGCGGGGCUGCACGGAGGAGCGGAGAAUCGGGGAGUAGGAGGGAGUAGGAGGGAGACGACAGCCGCCGCCCUCAGCAGGAGCAGCAGCGGGAGCGGGACAGGGAGUGGAGGAGGAGGAGGCGGAGGCCUUGAGAUCGGUGAGUGA